AAUUGCCACCGCCCCCGCGUUUUUCAACUCGGUGCCGGCUGCCACUGGCGAGUAUUUAAAUGCUCAUCAGCUUUGGCCAAAGCCACAGUGGCAGUAAAUAGAGAGCUAAACCCUUUACAAUACAAAAAGCAAAGUCCAGCCGGCCAGCUUGCCUUCGCCGGAGAGAUGGGAUGGAGAGGGAUCUUGGGAUUUGAGUAUGGCAUAGUGCAAGCACCACUGGGUCCCGAUAUUUCCGGGCCGGAGCUUGUUGCCGCAGUUGCUAAUGCCGGUGGACUUGGUCUUCUCCGAGCCCCUGAUUGGGAGUCACCAGACCACUUAAGGGAGUUGAUAAGGAAAACACGAACCUUAACAGACAAACCAUUUGGUGUUGGUGUUGUUCUGGCAUUUCCACAUGCGGAAAAUAUAAAGGCUAUUCUGGAUGAGAAGGUAGCUGUCUUGCAAAUCUCAUGGGGUGAAUGUUCACAGGAGCUUCUACUUGAGGCUCGUCGUGCCGGGGUCAAGGUUGUACUCCAAGUUGGGAGUUUCGAAGAAGCAAAAAGGGCCGUUGAUGCGGGUGUAGAUGCAAUUAUUGUCCAAGGCCGUGAAGCAGGAGGGCAUGUUAUUGGUCAGGAGGGUUUGAUAUCAUUAUUGCCUAGGGUGGUUGAUCUUGUUGGGGAUAAAGAUAUUCCCGUUAUCGCUGCCGGGGGUAUUGUGGAUGCACGUGGUUAUGUUGCGGCCCUGGCCCUUGGUGCUCAAGGUGUCUGCCUAGGCACAAGGUUUGUUGCAACUAUGGAAAGCUAUGCCCACCCAACAUACAAGAGGAAGUUGAUUGAACUCGACCAAACUGAGUUUACCAAUGUAUUUGGUCGGGCAAGGUGGCCCGGCGCUCCGCACCGCGUCCUGCAAACGCCUUUCUUCAAUCAGUGGAAAUCCCUUCCUCUUCAUGAGAAUGAAGCCAACCAACCUGUUAUAGGCCGUUCAACAAUACAUGGCGUGGAAAAAGAAAUUAGGCAAUUUGCGGGUACUGUUCCAAAUGUGACGACCACUGGUGACAUUGAAAGCAUGGCGCUGUAUGCUGGCGAAGGUGUAGGCCUUAUCGGGGAAAUUGUAGCUGCCAGUGAAGUGGUCCGAAUACUGGUUGAAGGGGCUCAACAUCUAAUCCACAACGGAUGUAGCGUUUAGUUUGAGAUACCUAUUGAAGCAUCCUCUUUUCAGACUGCUCUUCCGCCUCCACAGUAUGAUGCAGGAUUUGUUCAGAUUCUGGCUGCUUUGGAUUCUAUUAAGGGGAGUUUGAGUUCUAUUCAGCGGGAGGUCCGCUCUAUCAACCUCCGAGUGGAGCAGUGCCAGCUUGACAUCCAGGAGUGUCUCAAGCACCAUCAUCCGUCCCUUGAUGACGAGGAUUGAUUUUUAUUCUUUUUGGUGUUUUGUUGAUUUAUUUUGAGACAGUUUUAUUGUUUUCAUGUUUUGGAUAUUUGUAAACUUUUAUAAUUCUGGGUUUUAUUUACUCUGUUUACCUUUGUCUUGCCGAGACAUUAAGGCGGAGUAAUUCUUACCUGAUUUUUCUGUACACUUUUUUUUUACCUUUUGUCAUUUUGAGACAAAAUGUGGAGUAUUUUUGUUUUGGACUGAGAAUGUAUUUUUAAACAGGUCAAGUGAUUUUUGUCCCAAAAUGGCCAAAUUGGGAGUUUGUUA